AUGGUUACUUUGAGCGGAGUUUUCACCUCAAUCCGUAUCGCGUGUUCGUAUGGCACGGGACUCGUGCUACUCAUUCUGCUGGAUUCUGCGAUCUGGAUGCAACGACCCGACAUUGUCGAUUGGAAUAAUCGGGUGCAAGAUAUGCCGUCGCAUUUACUUUACGACAUUUAUGACUUUGUGAUAGUUGGCGGGGGGAGUUCAGGCGCCGCAUUGGCUGCGAGAUUGUCUGAAGUCGAAAGUUGGAAUGUUUUGUUGUUGGAAGCGGGUCCGGAUGAGUCGUAUUUGUCGGAAGUCCCGAUGAUUUUCGCGACUUUGCAACAAUCGAAGUUUGAUUGGAAAUUUCGCACGGAAAAAAGUGAAAGAUUUUGCUUGGCGAUGAACGAUGGGCAGUGCAAUUGGCCACGAGGAAAAGUUUUGGGGGGAAGUUCAGUUUUGAACGCGAUGCUUUAUAUUCGAGGCAACAAGAAAGAUUACGAUCAAUGGGAAAAAUUCGGAAAUCCGGGAUGGGGAUGGAGACAUGUCUUGCAUUAUUUCAAAAAACUCGAAAAUAUGCGAGAUCCCGAAUUUGUGAACGACGACAUGCACGGCACCGAAGGUCCCCUCAGCGUCGAACGCUUCAAAUUCAACAGUCCCUUGAUGCAAUUUUUCCUCGAUGCAGCGGCGGAAAUGCGUUAUUUGAAUCCCUUCAACGAACUCAAUGGGAAGCAACAAACGGGCUUUGCUCGACCUCAUGGCACGAUUCGCGAUGGUUUGCGUUGCAGCACAGCCAAAGCUUAUCUUCGUCCGGCAGUUCAUCGGAAAAAUUUACAUGUCGCCUUGAAUUCGCAAGUUGAAAAAGUUUUAAUUGAUAAAGACACGAAACGAGCAUUUGGAGUGGUUUUCAAAAAAGAUUCCCAAAAAUUUGUCGUUUUUGCGUCGCGCGAAGUUAUUUUGUCGUCGGGAGCGAUUCAGUCGCCGCAAUUACUGAAAUUAUCGGGAGUUGGGCCGGAAGAAGAGCUGAAGGAACAUGAUAUUGAUGUCAUUUUUAACAGUCCAGGCGUUGGCGAGAAUUUACAGGAUCACGUCGCAGCUGGAGGAAGUUUAUAUUUGGUACAAAACCCCUACAAUUAUUCGCUGAGUUUUAUCGCACCCAAAGUCCUUCAAGUCGAAUCUGUUCGUGAAUUCGUGUUCAACAAAACGGGUCCCUUAUAUGCCUUGCCAUUUUGCGAAGUAAUGGCUUUCAUUUCGACCAAAUACAUCGAUUACCGCGAAGACUGGCCCGACAUUCAGAUCUUUUUCGCCUCUGUCAGUGACAACUCCGACGGCGGAAUGUUCGGAAGACGCGCUGCUGGCAUGUCAGUCGAUUAUUACAGCGAAACGUACGAACAAAUUUUGUACAAAGACAGUUUCAUGGCAAUUCCCCUCCUGAUGCGCCCGAAAAGUCGCGGUCGAAUUUUGCUCAGCUCCAAAGAUGCCGACGAUCAUCCGAUAAUUAAACCGAAUUACUUCGAAGACAGACUCGAUAUCGCGACACUCGUCGAAGGCUCGAAAUUCAUUCACGAAUUCACAAAAACGAAAGUCAUGCAAAAGUUGAAGCCAGUUUUUAAUCCGAACGUUCCGCCGAAAUGUCGGCAAUUUGAGAUGCUGAGUGACGAUUUCUUCGAAUGCCUCGCCCGACAUUACAGCCAAACGAUUUAUCAUCCGGUUGGGACGUGCAAAAUGGGACCGAAACACGAUCCGAUGGCAGUUGUCGAUGCUCGACUUCGCGUUUAUGGCAUCUCGAAUUUGAGAGUUGUGGAUGCGAGUAUUAUGCCGACGAUUGUUUCGGGCAAUACUAAUGUGCCGUGCAUUAUGAUUGCGGAAAAGGCAGCUGAUAUGAUAAAAGAGGACCAUUCAUUCGGUUUGUAG